CGGGACAGCAGGCAGAGGCACGUCAGGCGGGACAGCAGGCAGAGGCACGUCAGGCGGGACAGCAGGCAGAGGCAUGUCAGGCGGGGCAGCAGGCAGAGGCAUGUCAGGCUGGGCAGCAGGCAGAGGCAUGUCAGGCUGGGCAGCAGGCAAGGCAGCGGGCACCGGGCCAUCAGGCGGAGCAGCGGGCACCGGGCCAUCAGGCGGAGCAGCGGACACCGUGCCAUCAGGCGGAGCAGCAGGCGCCGCGUCAUCUGGCAGAACCGUGGGCACUGGGUCACCAAGCUCGACAGCGGGCACUGAGUCAUUUGGCAGGACAGCAGGCACCGAGUCAUCUGGCAGAACCGCGGGCACUGGGUCACCAAGUUCGACAGUGGGCACCGAGUCAUCUGGCAUGACAGUGGGCACCGAGUCAACUGGCAUGACAGUGGGCACCGAGUCAUCUGGCAAGACAACAGCGCGCACCGAGUCAUCUGGCAAGACAGCGGGCACCGAGUCACCAGGCACG